AUGGUGGCCGCCGCCCGGAGCGCGUGGCCCCCGCCCGGGCUGGGCUCGGAGACGCCAAGUCACGUGAAGCCGCUGUGCCCGGAGGGCGGCCGCUGGCACACGGCGAACAAGCCGCUUGGCUACUUCGAGCAGGUGCCCCGGAUCUUGCAGGACCACCCGGACCCCGGAGUGUACAACGUGACCACCGACGUGCAAAAGAAGGAUGUGGGCCGCCUGGUGUACAAAUACGAGAGCGCCACCAUACAGGAAUCGAAGGAGCUGGUCAGGAAGAUCGCCGGCGGCCGCCACGAUGUGCCCGGCCCCGGCACGUACGACCUGCCCGACCUGCCGCCGGUGAACCCGAGCGUGCCCGAGCUGCGCGGGCGGGAGCAAGGUGCACCUUUGCCACCACCCUUCAACUACAACUGCGCGCCCAACUAUUCGGGGAGCUACUCGAACUUCCAGCCGGUGCGGCAGUCGAACUCCGCCGCGCAGAUCUGGGGCAACGGCGUGCGCCGCAAGCCCGGUCAGGGACCCGUGCAGAGCCGCACGCCGACUGGCGACGGCCAGGCAGACGCCGUCGGGGGUCAGCCGUUGGACGAGGACAACGCCGUGCAAUGGAGGCACGGAGGCUUCUCCCAGCUGAAGCGGCACAGGUCCGAGGGCACCCUGCGGCCCGCCGAGCACCCCCACGUGGAGGGAGCCAAGCGGCAGUACGAGUCCCUCAACAGGGACGAGCGCGGCCGCAACACCUUCUUGCCGAUGGCCUCGAAGAGGACGGACUCGCUGCCCGUGUCCGUCAGCGCCUCGUCGGCCGAGUUCCAGAGGUUGGAGCAGGGCAAGUGGCAGCUGAAAGUGCUCGCCGAGAACAUCAAG